AUGUCUCCCCCCAUCCCGCCACCCGUCCACGUCCAACAGCAAAUCGAGCGCGACCCCUCCUCCCAACUCGACAUCCUCAUCGUCGGCGCCGGCCUCGGCGGCCUCGGCGCCGCCAUCGCCCUCCUCCUCGCCGGCCACCGCGUCAGCAUCCUCGAGGGCGCCGCGCAGAUUGGCGAGGUGGGCGCGGGGAUCCAAUGCCUGCCCAACGCGACGCGCAUCCUGCGCGCGUGGGGGACGGGAGACGCGCUGGCGGCGCACCGCACGCGGCCGCGGCGGUGCAACAUGUGGGGGUGGAAGGGGAACGCGCUGGCGAGCAUGGAUUUUAGGGGGUACGAGGAGAGGUUGGGAGGAGGCGGCGGAGGGGGGGCGGAGUUUUGGGAUUUUCAUAGGGCGGGGUUGCAUGCGUGUUUGGUGGAGAGGGCGGUGGGGUUGGGGGCGGAACUGAGGUGUGGGGCGAGGGUUGUGGAUGUGGUGGUGGAGGAGGGUGAUGGCGAGGGGGAGGGGGAGGGCGCGGUGUGCUGUGUGUUGCAGAGUGGGGAGAGGGUGGUGGCGGAUUUGGUGGUCGGGGCGGAUGGGAUCAAUAGCAGGUGUAGGGAGAUUCUGCUCGGGAGGGAGGAUCCCCCCGUGCAGACGGGCGAUUUGGCGUACCGGUUGUUGUUGAGCACGAAGGAGAUGAUGAAGGAUCCGGAGUUGAGGGGGUUUGUGGAGGAUCCGCAAGUCAAUUAUUGGAUGGGCCCGGAUGCACAUGCCGUGAACUACGUCCUGAGAGGAGGUGAGCUCUUCAACAUGGUGUUGCUGGUGCCGGACGACAUGCCGGCUGGGGCAACGACGCUGGAAGGAAACGUCGAGGAGAUGCGCGCCCUGUACAAGGACUGGGAUCCGCGCAUCCCGAAGUUGCUGGCGCUUUGCGAAAGCGUGUACAAGUGGCGGCUGUGCAUCCGGCCUACGCUCGAGCCCAGCUGGUCCGAUCCGUCCGGUUCCUUCGUCCUCCUGGGUGACGCCGUGCACGCGACGUUGCCUUACUUGGCCAGCGGCGCGGGAAUGAGCCUGGAGGACGCGAGCGUACUCGGCUUGUGCCUGGCGAAGAUCAAGAACAAGAGCAAGGAGGAGAAGAGGAGAGCGCUGAGUGUAUACGAGAAGUGCAGGAAGGACCGCACGGAGAGGGUGGUGCAGCGUGGCAAUCUGCAGCAGCAUCUCUACCACCUCCAUGACGGAGAGGAGCAGGUGGAGAGAGACAGGCUGUUUGCAGCGUGGAACGAGUACGAGGAGAUGGAGCGGAGAGGUGAGAGCCCGGAUCCGAAGGCAUUGGGCCUCGAGCAUGGGAGCGAUCCGUUCCCUUGGAGGUUCAGCGGCGUUGGAGACUGGCUGUUGACGUACGAUUGCGUGAGUGAUGUGGAGGCGCAUUGGGCGAAGGACGAUGAAGUGGUAGAGAGGGCGAAUCUGUGA